AUGAAGCCGUGGCGGUCUCAGCAUCGUUGCUGGGCGCAACAUCAAUUGGUAACAUGGCCACGAGAAACAAAGACAGUUUCAAAAGGCUUUCAUGGUGAAUUUCCUGGUAAAGUGAGAGAACCGCAUGAAGGAAGUAAGGAAGUGUGCUUUUGUGAAAGGGAACCUGAGGUUCAUAUUUACACAAGCGAGAUGAUCCGGAGCCUAGGCUCCUUUGCAAUGCUCGAGAGCUCGGCUGGUUCAUGGCAAGCAUGCCAUCGUUUCAGUCGUAGUUGCUGCACUCGACGACUGCGCCAACCGCCAGAGUAUUAUCACGAAGAAAUGACAUCGCACAUUCUCCAAGGGUCGGGGAAACCAGAUCCAUUAGGCGACACGGUACACAGUCUGAAGACGGGGCUGGAGAGAGAUGGUUUACUGUCGCUUGGGAUCCAAUUGUGGACCCGGAUGCCAGGCUUUGCAUCGUCAUGA